AAAAGUCACAAAGUGAUGGAAAAACUUCCGGUUCCGACAAAUCACCAAAAACCAUAAAUAACAACAACAGUAGCACCGCUAAUGGUAAUAUUUGCGGAAAACAUUCGUCCUCAUCAAGCAGCAAAACUAACUGGAAGGGUAUGCAGUCAUCAAACAUCAGUUCUCCACGUGAAUCGUCAUCGAAUGGCGGCAGUGCAUCACAGGCUUCCAACACAUCAGUACCCAAAGUCUUUCACAAUACCCGCUGUACCCGCCAUCAUAAGGCUCACAGUCAUUCGCCAAAUCGCACCAGCAAUGGUAUGGCCGUGGGAGCCGAUAUUGCCCAUCACACACUGAACGGUCAUAGUCACAAUGGUCAUGGUCACAUCCACCAUUUGCCGAGUGCCGGUCAUCGAAAGAAAACCGAAUCGGUACUAUCGACAGAUUCGGAUAUACGCUUUACGCGACGAAAAUUGGGAGAUAGUCAGAAGUGUGGGUGUGCUGUGAUUGCAGGAUUUCUAGUCGCUUUACUGGUGGCUGGCGUGUUUGUUUAUGUGGGAUAUACCUAUUUCAAACCGGAACCAUUGUCUGAUCGAAUUUUCCGUGGCAAAUUCCAAAUAUUAAAUGACAAAUGGUCCAUGGAUUUGGCAAAUCAAAAUUCGUUAAGGUUCCAGCAAAAGUCAAGGGAUUAUAGGGAACGCAUUAAUCUGCUGGUGAGACGUUCUGAUUUACGUGAGGCCUAUGAGGGUAGCGAAAUUUUGGCAUUAGAUGGUUUCGAGGAUAAAAGUGAUAUUUUAGUCCAUUUCAAUAUGGUCUUUGAUCCGUAUGCCGGUUUGGUAAAUACCGCCGAUCUUUUGGCAUUGUUCGGCGAGGAGUUCAACAGCCCUCAUCCUCGUUAUUUCGCCAACAUUACCGUCGACCCCCAAUCGUUGAUGAUCAAAGAAGUUACGGGCUUGAUUGAGGAACCCAUUAUGUCCUCUUCCCCGCUGGGUGGAGAUGAUGAGACCACUGAAAUUAUUACCACCACACCCAGGCAACCACGUCGUUGUGAACCGCUGAAAUUGAAUUAUUGCCGAUCGAUUGGAUACAAUAUUACGACAUAUCCUAAUCUGCUGGGUCAUACAUCUUUCGAAGAGGUACAGGCCGAUGUGAUAGCCUUCCGUGAGCUGGUCGAUGCUGAGUGUUUCCGUGAAGCUUUUGAUUUUGUGUGCCGUCUGCUGCAGCCACCCUGUGAGGGACAGAUCAAUGUGGAACCCUCACCGGGCAUUAUGUGUCGGGAGUAUUGUGAGCAGUUUAUGCGGGGUUGUGGUAAUCGUUUGCCCAAACUUUUCCAGAAAUAUUUCGAUUGUGAAAAGUUCCCCGAAUCGACGGGUAUCCAGUCAUGUCAUCACAAGCCCCGCUGCGCCAGCGAUAUGCAAAUGAAUGCCCAUAGUCCUCGUUUGUGUGAUGGUGUUGCCGAUUGUCCAGAUCUGUCGGAUGAAAGGACUUGUACGUUCUGUACAAGUAAUUCGUUGUACUGUGGUCGCGGUAGAGCCUGUGUGCCGCGUAAGGCUCGAUGUGAUGGCAAGGCCGAUUGUCCGGAUGGUUCGGAUGAAAAGGAUUGCCUCUCCAUUGCCCCCUUGGCCUCGGAAUUAAUUGAUCCUGAGCCUUUAGUUCCCUACUUGCCGAGAUUCCAUCCCGAAGGCUAUGCGGUGUUUUCGGAAAAGGGUUCGGUUGGAAAACUUUGUGCUGAGGGUUUGGAGGGAGAUAGUAAGCUGGUGGUGCGGCAAACUGUGGCCGAGUCGCUCUGCAAAUCUUUGGGUUAUGAAUCCGUUGAAAUAUUCGAUGUGGUUACGGACACAGAAAAUAUAAACGACUAUGUGAGGGUUUUGGAUCCCCAUGCUCCUGAAAUCUCCUUUGUGCGUACCCAUUGCCCCCGUCGCCAGGUACUCUAUGUCGGUUGUGGAGAAUUGCAGUGUGGCAUACAAUCGGUACUGACGGGAAAACAACAUCUCACCUUACCCAAAAUGUCUUCGCCCGGAGAUUGGCCUUGGUUGGCUGCCCUAUAUCGUGAGGAUAUACAUGUGUGUGAUGGUACUUUGAUUUCCCCCGAUUGGGUCCUGACCACAGAAUCUUGUUUCCAAGGGCAACCUAGGGCCACCUGGAUGGCAGUGUUUGGCUCGGUACGCUUAGCCUCCAAGGCUCCUUGGACCCAAAGACGUCGUAUCAUUGGCAUGAUUAAAAGCCCUGUAGAAGGUUCCACGGCAGCUUUGAUACGCCUUGAAACUCCCGUUGUCUUUUCCGAUCAUGUCCGCCCAAUUUGCCUGCCCGACGAACAGCAACGACGCCAGGAACAACAAAUUCAACGUCGUGCCUAUGUACCCAAGGCUGAACGUUUGGAGGGUAAAAGUGGCGAAGCCAUUAAACUUCUCGAACACGAGACCCAACAAUAUUUCGAACUGCCCGCCUUUACAACCAGCUCAGAAAUUUCAGAUUCCGAUGAAAAUAUGAAUGAUUCCUUUGAAUCAUCUGCCUAUAGAAUGCCUCAAGCUGAAUCCCUGGUUUCGGAAGUUGAAACGAUGGAUUUAGACAGCUACCCCCUGCCCGAAAGCAAUCCUCAAGUGCAAUAUUAUGGUGUAAAUCAGACAGCCGCAGCAACAACACCGGCUGGUGUUGGUGCCAAGGCAACGACGAGUGUGGCGGAUCAGCAACCCGAACAAAUGUGGACAAUGUGCAAUACAUUGGGUUGGUCACGACAGCGUGAUCAUCUACAGCGAGUCCAGCUGAAAAUUGGCGACAUGGCGGCGUGUGAGAAUGUCUCAAUCGCCACGGUGAAUAGCAUGUGCACGGAGGCGACAUAUCAGAAGCAUGACUGCACGCAAGAAGAAUUUGCCGGAGCUCCAGUGCAAUGUCUAAUACCGGGCACCAAUCAAUGGGCAUUGGUUGGUGUGUCCUCAUGGAGAAUAGCAUGUGCCGCAUCGGGCAUUGAAAGGCCAAGAAUGUAUGACAAAAUAGCAUCGAAUGCCGCUUGGAUAAGGGAAACGGUUCAUGCGUCAUAAGUAAAGUAGGGGGGAGGUGUGUGUAGAUGUAUGUUUGUGACUAAAGUGUGUAUGAGUGAGUGUGUGUGUGUGUGUGCGAGCGUAUGAAUGAUUAUGAGCAAAUGGUGUGUGGCAUGAUCAUGCAUGUUAUCUAGGCUAAAGAAAAAAAUAAAACAAAAUAUGCCGCCAAGCAGCAGUAACACUUUGUAAAUAGUAGCACUUUAUUUACUCACUCUCUCUUUUCUCUCUUGUUAGUUCUCUCUCUUUCUCUCUACUUGUUUGGUAAGCAGCAUCUUAAUUAAUGAAAAUAACUUGCAUUUUUUUCGUUUUUUUUUUUAAUAAUCUAUAUUUAAUUGUAAUGUCCUUAAAAUAUGUUUAUAGGCUUAAAACCUACAUGUCUACGCAUGUAAAUAGAACUAGCCUUUAUGUGCUUCUCAUUUAAUUUGUUUUAUCUAAAAAAAGGUUUAGGAGGGUUUUCUUGAAAAAAAAAACUGUUUAAAACAAUCUUGUUUCUCUAUCCAUGUAGGUGUUAAAUUAUAUUUCUGUAUGCAGUCGAACCCGAUUUCGGAGAAUCUUUUGGUAUUUAAGUUGGAUGUACUCAGGCCUGAAGAAACAUUUGUAAAAGACCAUCCAUGGCUUUCAGAGGCUCUAUAAAUAAAAGUCCUCUUAGAAGUCUUCUGUAAAUAAUGGACAACUCAGAAGUCCUAUGUAGAAAAAUAUCUUCUAAAGAAGAAAAACUUUCCAGAUAUUCUUCAUACAUAACCGACAUCCUAGAGACUUUGGCAGUCCUUCCAUAGAUCUUCCAGACGAAAGGUUUAUUCAGGGAUCAUUAAGUAUAACACUUUUAAGAGGUCUUCCUCUGCAGAUAAAAGGCCUUAAAAUCGUAUUCCACAGACAAAAACCCUUUAGAGGCCUUCCAAAAUUAAAUGCUUCCAGAGUCCUCUAUAGAAAGAAGUGUUCUCUCGAUAACAAACAGAAAGGUCAUCUCAGAGAUCAGUAGACGUUUCCAACAUCUAUUCUAUGUAUAAAAGAAUCCCAGAGGUCUUCUAACUAUUCCAGGUGUCCUUUUGAUAGACACACCCCAGAAAUUUUUUAUAGACGGAAUAUAGAUAUUCUCCACAGGUAUAUGAUAUUCGAGAAUAUUUCUUUAGAUACAAUACUAUUCAUAGGACUUCUAUAUGAUUUUCCAAUGAUCUGUCAGAUUUUACACAGGUGUUCAUACAAUAUAUUCCAGAGAUCUUCUAUAGACAUAUCACUCUUCAGAGGUCUUCUAAAUAUUGAGGACUUUCGUAGUACUUUUUUGAUAGACACAUCCCAGAGGUAUUCUUUGUAUACAUUCCAGAGAUCCUCCAUGGGUAGACGGUAUUUGAGAAGUCUUCUUUAUAUAAAAUAACAUUCAGAGUUCCAAAGAUCUUUCAGAUUUUACAUAGAUAUUAUAUAAAUAUAAGACCUUCUCUAGGAUAUUUAAGAGGUCUUCCGUAGGAAGAUUUUUUCUAGAGGUCUUCUGUGGUCCUCUGAAUACCUUCCAUGGGGUUAUCCAAAUGACUUAAAUAGUUUGCAGUAUGUUUUUGAACAUUGAAUGUCUUUCGGAGGUCUACUAAAGACCGAAUACCUUACCGAGGUCCUAUAUAUGUA